AUGGCACCCAUCCUCGCCAAAUCGCUCAACCGCUUAUCGCGAGAAGCAAUCAUAGAUCUCGCGCUGAAAUGGCUAGAAGAUAUUCGCCCCUCAACGGCACCGUACCUGCAGUGCAAUCGCACCGGAUUCGAAGCCGAUGAAGAGGACUACCUGCACACACCAGCCGAGAGUAUCAAGGAAUUGCGAACCCUGUACCAUGAACUCCGCAAGCAUCCCGGCCAGACGACCAAGCGCGACGUAGUCGAUCGCAUCAUCGACGGCGAUUGGCGCCGUGGAUUCUCUCUGCAUCAGCAUGCCACCAUCGAUUUCACGUACCUGGAACAAAACGAGGCCGCCCUCAAGUGGAGUGCUCUGAAAUUGGUGCCCCUCAAGACCGAGGCAGAGAAGUCCCUGGACGACGGCGACGAUGGGCAACAGCCAGCGAAGAAAAAGCGAAAACUAAGCCACGGCCCAGUAGUAGAGCCAACCUAUUCCCACGUCUCGCCGGCCGUCUUCCUCUCGGCCCUCAAAGCGGAGAUAUCACCACUGGUCAAAGCUCAUUAUCACCUCCAUCGCAUGCCUUCCCCGUACAACCUCACCAUCCUCCGCCUCUGGAUCCAGCCAAACUCCCCAUUUGCGCCCAGACGAUCGAAAGUCCUGCGCCGACCUAAACAAGCCACCAACGCGGGUCGCAUAAUGUACAUUGCUUUACCGGACAGUUGUCCCUACGUAUACAUUUCCGUCUCAGGUUCGGCGACAAGUGGCUCGACUGGACGGUCCAAGGGCAACAGCGCUAGGGACGCCAAGGAGAAAGCGAUGGCCAAAGUGGACAUGGCGGCCCUGAAAAGGAUCGUCCUCGAAGCGAUUCCUAAAGCAGUUUCUCGACCGCACCAGCGUUGGUCGUUAGAGCCGACGAAUCUCGUCGCCAAAUCGUUGAAGACGAUGUGCGAGCUGAGGGGGAACCAGAAGCCCGGCACCAGCGGCGGAGCCUACAGCAUCUUCGCGGAAUGUGACAAGGCAGUCGACAACAGUCCCGUCGAGGUGCAGAUGACCGCCGAUGACUCGGAGCAGCAUGACGAAAGACAGCGCUUGGUCGAAAAGCGGUUCGGCCAUGCGCAAGGCGAGCACUACGCGCGUCUCGACCGCGUCCACGUCAAGCUCACCGAUACGGUUCCGCCGGAUGAACUGGGAGAGGGAGGCGAAGACGCAAAUUCGUCCAUCGAGGACCACGCGAAACGCGAAAUCACGCUGACGUUUACGGGGAGCGAUGUGUUUGGCGGCCUGAAGAAACUCGCACAGCUCGGGCGCGCGUACGUCGACCUGCAGAAAAUGCCUGCUUGGAUGACGGGGGAGUUGGGCGUCAGUACUCUCUCUGUUUGA